CAACCAUGGCAUUCAAAUUCGUAGUAUUCGCUGCUUUCGUCGCCGUCGCCCGUGCUGGCCUUAUUGGCCAAGCCGCUUACUCCGCUGCUCCAGCUGUAUCUUACUCUUCCAUCUCCGCCCCAGUAGCUCAUGCUCCUCUCUCCUACGCUGCACCAGUAGCUCACACCUAUGCUGCUCCAGCUGUAGCCGCCUACGCCGCCCCUGUUGCCAAAGUAGCCUACGCCGCCCCCGUUGCCAAAGUAGCCUACGCCGCCCCAAUCGCCAAAACCAUCAUUGCUGAACCUGAAGCUCCAGCCAACUACGAUUUCGGAUACUCCGUCAACGACCCACACACCGGAGACAGCAAGACCCAACAAGAAUCUCGUCACGGAGAUGCUGUGCAAGGAAGCUACUCCCUCAUCGAUGCCGACGGCACCAAGCGUACCGUAGAAUACACCGCUGAUGCCCACAACGGUUUCAACGCUGUAGUACACAAGGAACCCGCCGCCGUUGCCGUCAAGGCCGUAGCUCCAGUCGUAGCCAAAGUAGCUGCUCCACUCGUAGCUAAAGUAGCUACCCCAGUCGCCUACGCCGCCCCAGUAGCUCACACUUAUGCCGCUCCAGCCGUGUCUGCCUACUCUGCCCCAGUCUCCAUCUCCGCCCCAGUAGCUCAUGCUCCUCUUUCCUACGCUGCACCAGUAGCUCACACCUAUGCUGCUCCAGCUGUAGCCGCCUACGCCGCCCCCGUUGCCAAAGUAGCUUACGCCGCCCCAAUCGCCAAGACCAUCAUUGCCGAACCUGAAGCUCCAGCCAACUACGACUUCGGAUACUCCGUCAACGACCCACACACCGGAGACAGCAAGACCCAACAAGAAUCUCGUCACGGUGAUGCUGUACAAGGAAGCUACUCCCUCAUCGAUGCCGACGGCACCAAGCGCACCGUAGAAUACACCGCUGAUGCCCACAACGGCUUCAACGCUGUAGUACACAAGGAACCCGCCGCCGUUGCUGUCAAGGCUGUAGCCCCAGUCGUAGCUAAAGUAGCUGCCCCAGUCGCCUACGCCGCCCCAGUAGCCCACUCCUACGCUGCUCCAGCCGUAGCCGCCUACUCUGCCCCAGUAGUUGCCAAGUACUCUGCUGCCCCAGCCGUCGCCACCUCUUACUCUAGCAUUGCUGCCCCAGUAGCUGUAGCUAAAGUAGCUGCCCCAGCUCUUUCCUACGCCGCUGCUCCAGCUUUCUCCUACGCCGCUCCAGCUCACUCUUACUACCACCACUAAAUUAAAUUGUUUUAUACGAAUGCCAUAUAAAUAUUUAUUUAUUAGAAAUAAAAUUAAAUUAAAAAAUUA